GGGUGAGGCGUGCGCAGCGGAAGGGGACGCUGAGAGGGCUCCGAGUGCGCAUCUGGGCCGCUAUCGCCACCUCAGUUGGGGACAUACGAGGCCGCCGCUUCCUGCCCUCGGAACAAUGGGACAGGGCGCGCGAGGUGUUUGGGCCGCACUGCUCCUGGGGACGCUGCAGGUGCUAGCGCUGCUGGGGGCCGCCUUGGACCCUGAGGCAUCUAGAAAUGAAGCGGCUCCCGGGUCUGUGCAAAACUCCAGUGCUAACUCGACAGAUGGUAUCCACCAUACGCAUCUCAACAGCACGAGUGAAACUUCCAAUAGCACUGUGAACCUGACAAGUCCCCUUUCCUCAGUCGUGAGCACUGUGAAACCCACAGUGCCAUCUAAAAUGGCAACAUCACCAGUGGUCUCAACAAAUAGGACUUUGACCACUUUAAAGUCUACAACCAAAACAAGUGUUUCCCAAAACACAUCUCAGCCGUUAGCAUCGACGGUGACCACAGCCCACAAUAUGUCAGUGGUGUCUGUCUCUUCGUCAAUAGUAGUCACAACAACUGUUCAUUCUAACGAAAACAAAGGAUCAAAAUUUGAUACUGGAAGCUUUGUUGGUGGUAUUGUAUUAACACUGGGAGUUUUAUCCAUUCUUUACAUUGGAUGCAAAAUGUAUUACUCAAGAAGAGGAAUUCGAUAUAGAACCAUAGAUGAACAUGAUGCCAUCAUUUAAGGAAAUCCAAGGACCAAGGAAAGAAGACGAAUUGAUUUAGUCCUAUCAGUUAAUUUUGGUUUAUUAAUAGUUUAAAACCAUAUUCUGUUCUUGAAAAUAGUAUAAAUUGGCCACACAUAAAAAUGUACAAUGUAUUACAUAAAUAUGUAAGGAUUCCUCAGGAUUAGUGGAGGUAAAGGGGAUUGGUUUGGGUUUUUAAUAAAUAGCUGGAGCUUACACAGACACUUAAUGUAGUGGCCACAUGCACUUUUAGCAAAUUCAUAAUAAAACAAGUACUAUCCCUUUCUUUUUAUUUUGUGGCAUUAGUCACAUAGGACCAGUAGUUGAAAGACAUCAUCACUAAAGGGUAAGAUGCAUCUGGGCAUACAAAUAAGCCUGUUAGUACAGUCAGAAUUUUGAAUGUCUUUGUUGCUCACACAAAGAACUUCAGUGCUUUGCAGAGCUGGAUAGACCCUAAUCACUAAUGCCACACAACAGAAAUUAUACAAUCAAGUGAACCAAGUCUGAAGCAUAACUUAAAGCAUCAACAUUUUCCUUGUUUUAAAGUGUAGUAUUUGGUCUAGAAACCACACACAUCAGUAAUAAUUUUUUUUAAUGCUUCAAAUAAAAGCAGCUAGAGAUCCAGUAGCAUUGGCGAGCAUGUGUUUUUAUUAAUGAUUUCUUCUAAACUUUCAGUGUUGAUACAUUUUUUUCUCUGUAAUUUAGACAAACUGCAACGUUUAGCAUCAUAAUGUUUUAAAGACUUAGUUGUUAGUAUUAAAUAAUUCUGGCAUUAUAGGGAAAAACCAGAAGUUAGGUAAUUUGCUACUGUGAGAAUAUUUUCAUCACUGGAAAUUGCCUUAGUUCAUGUUCAUUUGUUAAUUUUAAUUUUAUAUUGAAUAUUUUAAAGAAAUGUAUAGCUGCUUUUAAUAUUUGGAAAAUGUUAAUAGAGCGUAAACACACCUAACUUAAUAAAAGCCCUAUAUAUGAUUCCCAGACCAACAUUUACAAUUCUGUGGAGUCAUAACUAUAAAUUAAUGCUGUGUUUAUUAAGCAAAGGAUUAUGGGCUUUCCCCCAGGCACUAACCCUGCAGGAUGAAAAUGCUGCAUUUUCAUGCACUGUCGAUUUUAUUGAGUAUUUCAGGAAACUUUUAUAAUAAAACACCAACAUAUUUUGGAAUAAAUUCUUAGGAAGUUUUCAGAAAAGAGUUUUUAGACAGGAAAUUUCCUGUCCUCAUUUGAAUGUCCCCCAGACCAUGCCUUUUACUCUGCUGAAGAAGAGGUGGGCAUGCCUGCAGGUGCAUUGUUAGUAGAGAGAAGCAGCACAGUACAUUGUAGAAGCAACCAGAUUAGCCAGUGUGUUUUGGGAGUGUUUUCAGUUUGACACUUUAUAUACCAGCACUCAAAACUCAGGGUCAAGUUUAAACAAGAGGUAUCUAGUCAUACUGAAUACUAAGAUACUGUUUCUAUCUUAGAAGGGCCAAAGUAAAGCACACCCAUUUCUGAAAGCCAGAAAGUGAACUAAGUUGUCCUAAUGGACAUGCACCUACAUAUAAAAGGAAUAAAGUAAAACUCUUGUCAUUUUUGAUUAGCUGCAGAGUAUGGCAGAUAGAAAAAUUUUGAAAUUGAUUGUUCGCUAUGCAUUAUAACCAACUGAUCUGAUGAAUAUAGAUGUUAAAAAUUAUCCAAAAAUGUGUAUGUGACACACAGAGUACGGAGGACAUUUUAUGAAACACGUGUUUAGUUUGAAAAGAGAUGUGGGCUUUUGGGUGAGUUAUAAUGAACUUGGCCCUAACUGGUUGUGCCACUACUGGUUUCAUUUCUUUGCGAAAUAUGUGUAUAGUUAAAAUAGACUUCAUAGUAAUGACAGCCUUUAAAUUUAACGUUUGUCCCCUGCAUUCUUGGUAUUUCAGUACUUUUAAGUUAGAAAUUUAUGGAUCAGCCUGAAGGUUUUUUCUUGAAUACUUGUUUCUUUAGCACUUUGAAAAUAGAAAACCACUUUUAACCUAAAUGUCAUAUGCCUUGAAAGUUUCCUCUACUUAGGUUUGAAAUAAUUUAGUUACGUCUUUUCUCUGUGUAUAAAUAGCAGUACUUUCUGUGCAUUUUUUUGUUAUUUGAAAAAAUUGAGGGAAAUGGUGAUCCAAAAUAGUAUUUUACUUUGUAAAAUAUUUUCUAAGCAUAAAUUUAUCUUCCUGUUGCUUAUCUUAAGCAGAUGCUCAAUUUUGUUUGCAUUCCAUGAGAAAGUAUUUACUUGAAGAUGAAAACAAUCCAGAUGUAUGUCUAAAUAUUAGGCAAAAGCCAAUCUAUGACUUUAAAAUUUCCUUGGAUAAUCCAUGAAAAGAAUAAUCCAGAUACAGAUACAUUAAAAGUAGCAGUAUAUUAUAGUGAUAAUUUUGUAUUUUCAGGAAAAUCCUGUUACCUUUUUUCCUUUGUAUUAUAAUGACCAGUUUUGGUAUUUCCUUGUUACCAAGAUCUAUUUUUAGAAUAAAAUUUGUUCUCCAUCUAAGAC